UCUGCAGAACUAUGUACCUUUGGACCAGCGGCUUUACAUUGCAGUGCCUCUCCCCUUCUUGCUGAAUAUUUAAAUUAGACUUUUAAUAUCACACCAGCUGCUCAGCAGACACAUGGUGAAUUGCUGUCAUUCCCAGGAUUGCAUCUUUGACGGCCAAGCCCUCCGCAAGCUUUUUUCAGACAAGCGAAGACCACGAGGAAGAAGUAGCCGCCCACGGAUCCCCUGAACCCCCCCCCCCCCACUGCCUUUCCUCCUAGCGCGUGUCACAUCGCCCCCUAGCCAUGGAGCAGGGAAUGGAAUACUGGUUUGCCCAGAUACAGCAGAAGGAUGUAGGGAAAAGGCUUCAGGUGGGACCGGACCUGAUAGAAUGCCUGUCGGAUAAACAGAAAUCGAUGGAUCUAGAACAGGACCAGACUCUGCUGGAUAAAAUGGUGGAUGCGCUGGCUACGUCCUGGGUGAAUUCUAGCAAUUACAAGGUGGCGUUGCUGGGAAUGGAUAUUUUAUCAGCUUUAAUUGCUCGAUUGCAAGAUCGCUUCAAAAAUCAGAUUUGUACAGUCCUGCCCAGUCUGAUGGAUCGAUUAGGUGAUGCAAAAGAUUCAGUCCGAGACCAAGAUCAGAACCUGCUGCUGAAGAUAAUGGAGCUGUCAUGCAGCCCACAGUAUGUCUGGGAUCGGAUGCUGGGAGGCUUCAAGCACAAGAAUUUCCGCACCCGGGAAGGGGUCUGUCUCUGCCUUAUAGCGACUCUUAACAUAUACGGAGCAAACAACCUGACUCUGAGCAAGAUUGUACCUCACAUAUGUAACCUGCUCGGGGACCCCAACAGUCAGGUGCGAGAUGCAGCAAUAAAUUGCCUGGUGGAAAUCUACAAACACGUGGGAGAGCGCGUUCGUGCCGACCUCAGCAAGAAAGGGCUUCCCCAAUCCCGAUUGAAUGUCAUUUUUGCCAAAUUCGACGAAGUGCAGAAAUCCGGGGCCAUGAUCCAGACAUCGCUGGAUAAAAACUUUGAUGAUGAAGAUUCAGUUGAUGGAAACAGACCUUCAUCAGCCAGCUCUACCGCAUCGUCCAAAGCACCUCCCUCUGCGCGCAAACCGGUAGCCAUGGGGACAGCUCGGAGACCGGGAACGUCUACAGGGGCCACCAAGCCAGGAGCCAAGGAAGGUGCCGGAGGUCUAGACGAGGAGGACUUCAUCAGAGGGUUUGAAGAUGUUCCAACCGUGCAGAUCUAUUCCAGUAGAGAUCUGGAGGAAUCUUUGAAUAAAAUUCGGGAAAUACUUUCGGAUGAUAAGCAUGACUGGGAGCAGAGGAUAGUUGCGCUUAAGAAAAUUCGUUCGCUCCUCCUGGCCGGUGCUGCCGAGUAUGACAAUUUUUUCCAGCACCUGCGGCUGCUUGAUGGGGCCUUCAAGCUCUCAACUAAGGAUCUGCGUUCCCAGGUGGUCAGAGAAGCUUGCAUUACCCUGGGGCAUCUCUCAUCAGUUUUGGGAAACAAAUUUGACCACGGAGCAGAGGCAAUCAUGCCCACAGUCUUCAAUCUUGUCCCGAACAGCGCCAAAAUUAUGGCCAGUUCCGGUGUGGUUGCCGUUCGCUUAAUUAUCCGUCAUACUCAUGUCCCGAGGCUCAUACCAAUCAUUACAAGUAACUGCACCUCCAAGUCUGUGGCAGUUCGAAGGCGCUGCUUUGAAUUCUUAGAUCUGCUCCUACAAGAAUGGCAGACUCAUUCACUUGAGAGGCACAUAUCAGUGUUAGCGGAAACCAUCAAGAAAGGAAUACACGACGCUGAUUCAGAAGCGAGGAUCGUCGCACGAAAGUGUUACUGGGGAUUCCACAGCCAUUUCAGCAGGGAGGCGGAGCACUUGUACCAUAACCUGGAGUCGUCCUAUCAGAAGGCCCUGCAGUCGCAUUUUAAGGGCUCGGACAGCAUCGUCUCUCUCCCCCAAUCUGACCGCUCUUCAUCCAGCUCACAGGAGAGCUUAAACCGACCUUUAACAGCCAAGAGGAGCCCGCCUGGCAGUGCUGCAUCCAGAGUUUCUGCAGCGCCGGUGAAGACUGCGGCCACCCCGGGCUCCUUGCAACGCUCUCGCAGUGACAUUGAUGUGAAUGCGGCAGCCACUUCCAAGUCCAAAGCAGCAUCUUCCACCGCUACUGCACCUUUCAUCGCUGCUGCUGCCUUACCCCCAGGGUCUUACGCAUCACUAGGUCGGAUCCGCACAAGGAGACAGAGUUCCGGAAGUAACAGCAGCGCCACGUCAGUCCAAAUAGACACCCGCGGUCGUAGCAGAGCCAAAAUUGUAUCCCAGUCCCAGCGAUCCAGAUCAGCGAAUCCAGCCAGCGCCGGCAGCAGAUCCAACUCUCCUGGGAAGUUGCUGGGAAGUGGGUACAGCAGUCUGGCGACCAGCGCCCAGAGGGUCCCGCAGGUACCGUCCACGGAAAAGAGAAGCAAGAUUCCUCGUAGUCAGGGCUGCAGCCGAGAGACCAGCCCCAGCAGGCUAGGACUGGCCCGGAGCAGCCGCAUUCCCCGACCCAGCAUGAGUCAGGGGUGCAGCCGCGACACCAGUAGUUCCUUUUCCAGAAACUCCACCCCGCAAGCUUCCAUUAAUAACCUUGUAUCCUGCUUUAUUUUUCUUUUGUUAGAUCGCUAUGGAAUGGGCCUGGCGGGAAGACAACCGUCCUCCAUGAGCGCAAUGAGGGUCCUCAGCUCUAGUACAGACCUUGAAGCUGCCGUGGCAGACGCUCUGAAAAAGCCCGUGAGAAGGCGCUAUGAGCCGUACGGGAUGUAUUCUGAUGACGACGCUAACAGUGACGCAUCUAGCGCAUGUUCAGAAAGGUCUUAUGGAUCACGGAACGGGGGGAUUCCGCACUACCUGCGCCAGACAGAGGACGUGGCGGAGGUCCUCAAUCAUUGCGCUAUUUCCAAUUGUUCAGAGAGGAAGGAGGGACUGAUGGGACUACAAAACCUGCUCAAAAGUCAGCGGACGCUCAGCCGCGUGGAGCUGAAAAGAUUGUGCGAGAUAUUCACUCGGAUGUUUGCUGAUCCGCACAGCAAGCGUGUGUUCAGCAUGUUCCUGGAAACCCUGGUGGAUUUCGUCAUCAUUCACAAGGACGACCUGCAGGACUGGUUGUUCAUUUUACUGACCCAACUCUUGAAGAAAAUGGGGGCCGACCUGCUGGGUUCGGUGCAGGCCAAAGUCCAGAAAGCACUCGACGUGACAAGGGAUUCCUUCCCGUUUGAUCAGCAGUUUAACAUUUUGAUGCGGUUCAUCGUGGAUCAGACUCAGACGCCGAAUCUCAAGGUGAAAGUCGCCAUCUUAAAGUACAUCGAGUCGCUGGCCCGGCAGAUGGAUCCUACAGACUUUGUGAACUCCAGCGAGACGCGGUUAGCGGUCUCCAGGAUCAUCACAUGGACAACCGAACCAAAGAGCUCAGAUGUCAGGAAGGCGGCACAGAUCGUCCUGAUCUCUUUGUUUGAGCUGAACACGCCGGAGUUCACCAUGUUACUGGGUGCUUUGCCGAAAACAUUCCAGGAUGGAGCAACCAAACUACUCCACAAUCAUCUGAAGAACUCCAGCAACAGCAGCGUGGGAUCGCCAAGCAAUACCAUGGGCCGAACCCCUUCCCGGCACUCAAGCAGUAGGUCAAGUCCUCUAACAUCUCCCACCAACUGUUCCCAUGGAGGCCUCUCCCCAAGCCGGCUGUGGGACUGGAGUGCAGAUGGGCUGCCCAAACACCUCCCUCCGCCAUCACACUCCAUCCCCACUGCGCCGUCUCGCAAGGCGUUCAGACACUCUUACUCUCCGAGCCUUCUAGAUUACGACACGGAAAAUCUGAAUUCUGAUGAAAUUUAUAGUUCGCUCCGCGGCGUCACCGAAGCCAUUGAGAAAUUUAGCUUCCGCAGCCAAGAGGAUCUAAAUGAGCCCGUUAAGCGAGAUGGAAGGAAGGAUGACUUGGUCUCCCGAGAAGCCGGAAUGGCAUCCCCUGUCAGCGAUCUCCGCGGAGGAUCAGAUGUUGUGGAAGGAGGACGAAUGGCUCUAGACAACAAAACCUCACUGCUGAACACACAACCGCCUCGCGCGUUUACCGGUCCACGUGGACGAGAGUACAGCCCUUACCCCUACUCAGACUCUAUCAAUAGCUAUGACAAGACCGCACUUAAGGAAGCAGUGUUUGAUGAUGACAUGGACCAGCUGCGUGAUGUUCCUAUUGACCACUCUGACUUGGUGGCCGACCUGCUGAAAGAACUGUCCAAUCACAAUGAGCGGGUGGAGGAAAGGAAAGGUGCCCUCUGUGAACUGCUAAAGAUAACUAGAGAAGACAACCUUGGUGUUUGGGAGGAGCACUUCAAAACUAUUCUCCUUCUUCUCCUGGAGACUCUCGGAGAUAAAGAUCAUGCUAUUCGAGCUCUCGCAUUACGAGUACUCCGAGAAAUCCUGAGGAACCAGCCAGCCAGGUUUAAAAAUUAUGCUGAGUUGACGAUCAUGAAGACUCUAGAGGCUCACAAGGAUUCCCAUAAAGAGGUCGUCAGAGCUGCGGAAGAAGCGGCCUCCACCCUAGCUAGCUCCAUACACCCCGAGCAAUGCAUCAAAGUUCUCUGUCCCAUCAUCCAGACUGCCGAUUACCCUAUAAAUCUGGCUGCCAUCAAGAUGCAAACUAAAGUCAUCGAGAGGAUUUCCAAGGAGUCUCUGCAUCAGAUCUUGCAGGAUAUUAUUCCCGGUUUGUUACAGGGCUACGAUAAUACCGAGAGCAGCGUCCGCAAAGCAAGCGUCUUCUGUCUUGUAGCAAUUUAUUCUGUCAUUGGAGAGGAGUUGAAGCCGUAUCUUGCGCAGCUCACAGGCAGCAAGAUGAAACUUCUAAAUUUGUACAUAAAAAGAGCGCAGACGACGAACAGCAACAGCAGCUCCUCAUCGGAUGUUUCCACGCACAGUUAGGGAGCAGAUCGCAUCCUCGGGCGACUUUUAGAGAUCGGCAGCAGAGCGCACGCCGGCACCUUCCACACAGAGGGGACGUGUCCAGUGGCGGGCCAUUCAAUAUUAUUAACACUAAUACAAACGACAACUUCAUCUUUGGAGGAGCCGACGAGGUUUUACAGAGCUCCAGAGCUGAAGGGGUUUCAUUAGUCAAGAUAAUGGUGUAUCUCUUGUCCAUUUGCUAGGAUUUCCUAAAAACAAAAAUAAAUAAACUGCCCCUCCUCCAGAGCUGCGGGGUGAAGAAGCGAACAGCAGUGCCUCAUGCCUUUCUGCAACCGCACCUCCCAAUAUUUGUUGCAAUCAGUAUUUUAUUUAAAAUGUAUGUGAAUUUUUUUUUGGGAAUUGAAUGUAGAGGGAAAUUGUGACUCAGUGGUAAGACAAAAUUAUCCUACAUGAAAGCCAGACAUUUAGCAUUUGAAAUAUGUUGGCUUUAGAAUUUGCAGGCGGCCUAAAGUUUGCACUC